GCAGCAGCGGCACAGAGCGGGCAGCGAGCGGCUCUCCGACCACUUUCUCCUCCUCCUCCUCCUGCUGCUGUUGCUGCUCCAGAUCCUGCUCCGGCUCCUGCGCCCCGACCCGCAGCGACCGACCGCCGGCCCCGCAGAGUCUGCGCCCACGCCCAGGCCGCCCCGCCGCCCCCGGUCCGUCCCCGCGGGCACUCAGAGGGCAGCGCGCCUAGGACCAAGUUGCCCGGUCCGUCCGGUGGGUGCCACCGGCUCCGGCUGCAGCAGCCCCACCGCCCCGCCGGCGCUCACGGCAACUUCGGAGAGGCGAGCAGUGGCCCCCGCAGCAGCGAUGACCCCCUGGCUCGGGCUGGUCGUGCUCCUGGGCACCUGGAGCCUGGGCUACUGGGGCGCCGAGGCGUGCACAUGCUCGCCCACCCACCCCCAGGAGGCCUUCUGCAACUCGGACAUAGUGAUCCGGGCCAGAGUGGUGGGGAAGAAGCUAGUGAAGGAGGGGCCCUACGGCACGCUGAUCUACACCAUUAAGCAGAUGAAGAUGUACCGAGGGUUCACCAAGAUGCCCCACGUGCAGUACAUCCACACGGAGGCCUCCGAGAGUCUCUGCGGCGUGAAGCUGGAGGUCAACAAGUACCAGUACCUGCUGACAGGCCGGAUCUUCGACGGGAAGGUGUACAUAGGCCUGUGCAACUUCGUGGAGCGGUGGGACCAGCUCACCAUCUCUCAGCGCAAGGGGCUGAACUACCGGUAUCACCUGGGCUGUAACUGCAAGAUCAAGACCUGCUACUACCCGCCUUGCUUCGUGAGCUCCAAGAACGAGUGCGUCUGGACCGACAUGGCCGCCAGUUUCGGCUACCCUGGCCACCAGACCAAGCACUACGCCUGCAUCCGGCAGAAGGGCGGCUCCUGCAGCUGGUACCGAGGCUGGGCCCCCCCGGACAAAACCAUCAUCAACGCCACCGACCCCUGAGCGCCGGGCCCUGCCCUGCCUCACCUCCCUCCCUUCCCGCUGAGCUUCCCUCGGACACUAACUCUUUCCGAAUGAUGACAAAUGAAAUUAGUGCCUGUUUUUUUUUUUUUUUUCUCUCUCGCAAAUUUAGCACUUCGAACACUUAAAGCAAAGUCUGUGCUGUCCUAUGGCGUUUAUUUGGAAACAUCCACCUGGCCCCACCCCACACCUUCUUGUUGGUUUUGACAUCCCCUGUCUCCACCCAGGAGUUUUUGGUGCCAUGCCAGAGAGAAGGAGGAAUGUACACUCCUCUUCUUCACGAUAACAUAAUCUCUAUUUUUUUAGGAAAACAAAAA